GUGCAUCACAUGUUUGAAAAUGGCGGCCUCCUGUUGGAUCAGUGGAUCUGUUUUGCUGCUGUCGUUUUGUUUAAUCUGCAAUGGACAGAAUACAAAUUACAUUAUUGGUUCUGGAAUUGCAGACAUUACUGGUCCAGCGGCAGAGGUUGACAUGAUGGGAUAUGCCAAUCCUGGCCAGACAAGUAAAGGUAUUCAUCUCCGUCAGUACAGUCGAGCUUUCAUCAUUGCUGACUCAGCCAACAAAAGCAGGGUUGUGUUUGUGAGCACAGAUUCUUGUAUGCAGUCUCAAGGACUUAAACUGGAGAUCAUCAAACGCCUGAAGAACAAGUAUGGAGACUUAUACAAUGAGAGGAAUGUGGCUAUUAGCGGAACCCACACCCACUCUGGCCCUGGUGGGUUCCACCAGUACCUUCUCUAUGACAUCACUUCCCUUGGAUUUGUCAAUGAAACUUUCCUGUCAUUGGCUGCAGGAAUUGUUGCUAGCAUUGAAAAGGCCCAUAACUCCAUGCGACCAGGAAACCUGUAUGUUAACACGGGAGAGCUUAUGGACAGCAACAUUAACAGAAGUCCUACAGCCUACCUCAAUAAUCCUUCCGAGGAGAGAGCUAAGUACAGAUAUGAUGUGGACAAAAAUAUGACAGUCCUUAGAAUGAUAGAUGCACAGAACAAAGGCAUUGGAAUGAUCAAUUGGUUUGCUGUUCACUGCACCAGUAUGAACAACACUAAUCACCUAAUCAGCAGUGAUAACAAGGGUCUGGCAGCUCAGAUGUUUGAAGCUGACUUGAACGGCGGAGCAUUUCCAGGAAAAGGUGAGUUUGUAGCAGCUUUUGCUCAAAGUAAUGAAGGUGAUGUGUCCCCCAACACAAAAGGUCCUCACUGUAUGGACACAGGCAAGCCAUGUGAUGUUCCCACAAGCACCUGUAAUGGAAGGAAUGAGCUUUGUGUUUCUCCUGGCCCUGGUAAAGACAUGUUUGACAGCACCAGAAUUAUUGCCAGUAACCAGUAUAAGAAAGCUAAGAUACUUUAUAAUGAUCCAGCUGCUAUGAAGUUAGAAGGUCCUGUAGACUUUAGACAUACUUAUGUUGAUAUGUCAAAUGUAAUGGUGCAGAUUAACCAAACAACAAAGGUCAAGACUUGUAAGCCUGCCAUGGGAUUCAGUUUUGCUGCUGGAACAACAGACGGUCCAGGGGCCUUCAAUUUCACCCAGGGUGAUACAACAGAAAAUCCCUUCUGGGAUUUCAUUCGUGAUUUUCUUAAGAAACCCUCGGCAGAACAACAGGAAUGUCAGCACCCUAAACCCAUCCUACUGGACACAGGGGAGAUAAGUUCUCCUUAUGCCUGGUCCCCCUCUAUUGUUGACCUACAGAUCUUCAGGAUUGGGCAGUUAGCCAUCAUCUCUGUACCAGCAGAAUUCAGUACCAUGUCUGGAAGGAGAACAAGGGACAGUAUAACAGCUACAUUAAAAGCAGCAGGUUUGCCUGCCAACACAUUGUCUGUGAUAGCUGGCCUGACCAAUGACUAUGCUGACUAUGUCACAACAUAUGAAGAAUACCAAAUCCAGAGGUAUGAAGGAGCUUCCACUAUUUAUGGACCUCACACAUUGGAAGCAUUUAUACAAGAAUUCAAUAAACUUGCAGUAGCUCUAGCAAAGGGAACACCAGCACCUCCAGGACCCACCCCUCCCAAUCUAAUGGACAGACAGCUGUCCUUCCUCCCUCCCGUUAUCUUUGACCAUGCUCCUUUUGGGAGGAGUUUUGGUGAUAUUGUUACUGAUGCUAAUCCUCAGUACAAACAGGGAGAUUCUGUCCAAGUUGUAUUUAUAGGAGCCAAUCCCAGAAAUGAUGUUAAGUUAGAAGAUACAUUCUUAACUGUGGAAAUGCUGCAACCAGACCAAAGCUGGAAAGUUGUGUACACUGACAGCCAGUGGGAAACAAAAUUUGAAUGGAAGCACACCAGCCUGUUACUUGGAGAGAGCCAGGUGACCAUUACCUGGGACAUCCCUCAGAAUCAGGCCCCUGGCACCUACAGAGUCCAGUACUUUGGAGACUCCAAAAGUAUAGAUCAGAAGAUCUCAAAGUUCACCGGGAAAUCAACUGAAUUCAAGGUCAUGACCCCCAAACAGUACAGAAAACAGAAGUUAGAGGCACCUAAAAAGGUCAAUGAAGUACUGAAAAAGAACUGGAAUUCUCUUUACAAGCAGAAAUAUAGUAAAAAUAUGUUUAUUGUGAACAAAAAGCACUGAAAGGAUUGUUUUCAGUGAGUUUCUGUAGAUUUGCUCAAUAGAGUAGUUGAAUGAUAUUAUUGUGUAAAGUGGUUUUCAUUAGAUUUACAAAUCAUAAAUAAUUUGAUCUGGAAUUUAGAAAUAUCAUGUUAUACUGCAAAUGAGUCAUCUACUAUUCUGUACAUGUUUGGAUCUUCAAGUAUAAAAAUGAUCUUUUUUUUAAUAUCUUCCCAAGUAUAAAGUGUAAAAUUAUCUGAAGAAUUUGUUAAGGUUUUCUUGUAAAUUAAAAUAGAUUUAGGAUAAACUUUUACAUGAUUGCAGAAAUCCAUGAAAUGUAAUCCAUGUAUAUCAUUCAAAUCAUUAUUUAUUUAUAGGUGUUUAAAAUUCUUGUGUUUCUUAUGAAAGCUUUUUUUUUUACUAGAUUGUGCUAUGCAUUGCAAUUUGUAUUAUAUUUUGUAACAUGUUUCAACCAGUUUUCCUCCAGUUUCAGACCUGUUUACUCUUACGAUUUUGCCGUAUUUUGUACGGAUUUUCAGUCCAAAAUACGUCUCACGUUUUGCUAUAAUGAAAAUACAGAAAUCCGUUCAUAUGGAUUUUAGCAAUUAGUUUUCGUUAUCUGUCUCAGUUUGAUGCUUUUUAAUCGCUAAAAAAGAGAAAAAUUUCAAACAUUGAAGUUGCCAAAACGCGGUGGUUUAAAAAAAAAUGACAGAAAUAACUCAAAAGAAAGCAGGGUAUGAUGUUUUGCUUUGUUAUUAAAGCAUGUUUUGGUAAUCAGAAAUGUAGUUGUUUUCUAGUAAUAUAUGUAAUUUGAUGAAAAGUGAAAUCUUACGGGCAAAUGCCAAAUCUCACUGACAAAUGUAAUAAAAAAUACUGAGAGACAACAGUUAGGGUAAACAGGUCUGCAGUUUUCAGUCAUUUAUUUCAAGUUAAUCAUGCCAGUUAAAGAUUAUGUGAAGAAUUUUUGAUAUUAUGAAUGUUUUUUGAAGAGUUUUUAUAUUUGUUGUGAAGUAAAAAAAAAUUGCAUUGAUCAUGAUAAAAACCUUUUCAAAUGAUUCAUUUACAGGGGCAUGGACACAGAUUUGAAGUUAAUAUAUUCUUUAAAAUUUUGAUUGAAUUUUGUGACUUAAAUGUUGCAAGAGCAUUUCAGACUGAUAUUUUAUAAAAGCAUGUUUAGAUACUUCUUUUUUUCUGAAAACUAUCAAAACAAUGUAUUCCAGGCAUGUUUGAUUGUAAUGCAACAUUGCACUUUCACAAACUGAAAUAUAUUCUCAAGAUUUAAGAAAAAUGGGAAAUCUACAGUGUAUUGAUAAAGACAUUAAAACUAUAAUUAAUUAAAGACAGAAUAGGAAUACAGAAGGCAAGACCAUCACACCAGUGUCAUCUGUUUAUGUUCAAUGAUGUGUGUAGUGUUACAGCAAAUCAAACACACCUGGUAAAACCUAAACAAUAACAGACCUAAUGUGCCCAUGUUUGCCAUUGUCAUUGAAUAUUUGGAAUUUUCAUGCAAGAUCAAUUCAUUAAACUGUCAGAAUUAUUUUUGAAAUAAAUAAAUUUAAAAAAAAAAAAAAAGCAAUGCAAAUGAGUCCAUGCCCCUUUAAGUAGGCUUUAACUUCAGAAACAUACAUGUUGUUUUGUAGUGUUUGAACUAUUGAUCUAUUACAGAUGCCUGUCUCUUAGUCUAUUUUACUGAAGUAAUGAAUGUGCCAAAUAAUGAUUUUUACAAUUUACAUCUUCAAUUUCUCUAUGUUAAUAUUUUUUUUCUGAUUCAUUAAAUUCCUUGUUGAUUGUCAUAAAAUAUAAGAUGA